CCAAGAUUUUCAAAAACAAGCCCUCUUCCUUUGUCGCAGCAGAUUGGAUGUGAGUCGCUGGUCAUUGGGCGGAUCAGAGUGACGCGGCGGACAUGCUGCUGAAGCUGAAGGCGGAGCUACUCUCUGGUCUACGGUCAUUACAAGGAUCAUGAUUUUCCACAUGUCUGUGCGCUCCAACCCAGUGUUACGGAAAACAAAUAUGGCUGUGUGGAGAGCAUGGAGGUCAUGGAAGUUAAGCCUGCACUCUUCUACAGUUUGUGCAUCUUCUGGUCCUGGUCCCCUGGACAGAUCCGAAGAACUGUCUUCUGUUUCAACUGAAAAGCCUCCUCACAUGCCUGUAAUGCUGAAAGAGGUGCUUCAUUACUUAGACAUCCAACUAGGUCAGGUGGUCCUGGACAUGACAUUUGGAGGUGGUGGUCAUACCAAGGCAAUACUGAAUAUGGUUCCUGAAGUCACAGUCCUGGCCUUAGACCGAGAUCCUUCAGCAAUUUCUCUGGCUGAGCAGUUAGCCAAGGAACACUUUGGUCGUGUGAAACCAUUGCUUGGCCGAUUCAGCGAACUUGAAGCCCUGCUGUCUAACAUGAACAUUAAGCCAGGCAGCAUUGAUGCUGUCCUUUUGGAUGCUGGCUGCUCCUCUAUGCAGAUGGAUCAGGCGGAGAGAGGCUUCUCCAUCAGCAAGGAUGGGCCCUUGGAUAUGAGAAUGGAUGGCGAGAGGUACCCAGACAUGUCCUGCGCUGCUGACGUUGUGAAUACCUUAGAUCAACAGGCUCUUGCAUCCAUCCUCACUGCAUAUGGGGAAGAAAGACACGCCAGGAAAAUAGCUUCAGCCAUUGUGGAGGCACGCCGUGUCAACCCCAUCACCCGGACACAGCAGCUGGCCAGCGUGGUUGCAGGAUCGUUUCCUGCUGCUGUCGUCUAUGCACGUAAAGACCGACUUCACCGACCAGCACAUGUGGCCACUAAGACUUUCCAAGCUCUGCGUAUCUUUGUGAAUGAUGAGUUGAACGAACUACAUGCAGGCCUGCGUGCUGCCCGUGCAGUACUGAGACCUGGAGGACGUCUCUGCGUAAUCACCUUUCAUUCGCUAGAAGACAGACUGGUCAAACGUUUCCUCCAGGGAGAUGACUUGUCUAAUCUAGAUCAGUAUCACUUCAGCCCAAGGAAGCAAAGCACCGGGAAGGAAAAAAGAGAUGGUGGAAGUGUUUAUUGGCUUCCUCUGCGAAGAAAAGUGAUUACCCCAGAAAAGGACGAUGUAAAAGAGAAUCCUCGAGGACGCUCCGCUAAACUAAGGGCAGCACUUAGAUGUUAAUUAUGCAACGUUAAUUAUGAGAGAACAGAAAUCCUCCUUCUUUUCAUCUAAAUGUUUGAGCUUUUUUACAACCAGAGUAACUUUAUAAUUAACACUUAAAGGAAGUUUAGCAAAGGGUGUAGAUGCAGGUACACAAUAACUCUACUGUAUUUGUCUGCUGUGGAUGUCAUUUAUUUUGUUUCUUGACUGUAAAUGUAAAUAUUUUUCUGUAUUUGGGUGCUCAAAAAAAUUCAGAUUUUUACCAAUUUUUUACCAUUUUUUCUAACUUAAACCCGCCACAGCAGAGAGCUAGGGUUUAAUCCUGGCAGUGGUACCUCUGGCACAGUCGUGCAUUCCUAUGAACACAAGGCCGUGUUGGUGGGAAGCCAGUGAGGGCUGUCAUCCAUGAUGCUACAUUAGUGACUCCUACUGGUUGGAUAGGGCAUUGCACAGUGAUGGGUAAACUCUGGGCAAGGGAAAGAAUGAAUGUCCCAAACAAUAUGGCCACUGGUUGGAGCUCAGAUUUGUUUGUUUUUUCAUUGCCAGGUUAAAAACAAAUAACUGGCAUCACAAAUGUAGCAUACAUCUGCAGUCCUACCCCGGACAAGUAGAAUUAGCAGUGACAAAAACUGUUGUGUAGGGAAAACAGGACUUUUGGGAUAAAACUGCCAAUAAAGACAAAAAAGUUAUAUAUGUAACAAAAUAAUCUAAACUCAAAGGUCCACUUACUUGUUUUCAGAACUUUCACUUGCAUCUCACGGUUUUCAAUCAGUGAAUUGUGUUGAUUCAGCUCUCAUCCGGGUUCUGUGUGUGGAAAUUUGGUCAUGUAAUAUAGUAGAAAAGGUUUCAGUUGUAGUCAUCUGGACACUGUUUUCAGAAUCAAGACGUUUGGCUCCCAUCCGGAAGUCCAAUUGAGAAUGACUUCCAGAUGGGAGCCGAAACGUCUUGAUUCUGAAAACAGUGUCCAGAUGACUACAACUGAAACCUUUUCUACGAUAGAACACUCCUGGACGAAUGAGGGACUACACCGUGUCAUGUAAUAUAGCAUUUUUUCACAUUUAAUUCACCUGAUGACACCUGAUUCAGCUCCAUUCACUGAAUAAAGACCAAUAGAUGCGGUUGAGAGCUCUGAACGCUAGUAAAUGGACCUUUGAUCCAAGAUUAUUUUGCUACAUAUACUGUUCCCAAAGGUCAAAAAUGAACUUCCAUGCUACAGUUUAAAAUAUGAAUUUAAAUGAAGACACAAUACUAAUUACAAGAAGCUGAUCAUGUUUAUGUAUGUAUAAUUAUAUUUAACUGGCUUCCAGAAGAAAAACUUCUUAUUAAAUUACUUAAUUAAAAACCUGUCCAAACUCAAUUGUGAACACACAAUUGUAUGAAAGCUGGUUAAAGUUUGAGGUGUUAAAAAGGUAAAAAUAUAAUUGUGGUAAAACCUUUUUAUACCUAAAUAAAAGUAUGUGACCUUUG